AUGGAUGCUUUUGCGAAUAAUAGAAUUGAAGCUAUAAGAAUAAAAUAUGACUUUUUGAGACAAGGAAAAUGUGUAGUAUUUGUAUCCACUGAAGCAGUAAUAGCUAGAGCGUUAGUAAAAAAAGCAUCUAAGUUAUCUAAACCUGAUAAUUCACCUGUUAGAAUCUGUGCAUAUUAUGGGAAUAUGGAUGGGAAUAUAGUCAUAGCCAUUACAAAUAUUGCCACUCCAGUUCAUGUUGAAGCUCUUGCACAAAUGAUUUACCGAAUUUGUCGUGAAAAUAUUCGAGCAAAGCUUAAAAGUACUCAAUCUAAUAAUUUGCCUACAGUAAUAAAGAAACAUUGUGAAUGGAAUAAUAAUACCAUUUCUUAUAAAAUUGAUUCGUCUCCACCUAUAAUAACUUUUAUUGAAGUUAAGCAGCAGAAAUGUCUUUCUGUAAGAUAUUUUAUUGAAAAGCUUUGUAGUCUCAUAGUCAGGAAUUGCAAAAGAGUUCAUAAUGAGAUUAGGGUUGAAGCAUUAGUUAUCAAGAAUACAGAUUUUAACACAGUUGCUACUUUCCAGAAUCUUAGUCCUGAAGAAGCUGAAGUUCUUAAAUUUGACUAA